AUGACAGAUACCAAAGGAAGGACGAAAAUAGGAGAGGUGUCUGAGUUGGUGGACGCAUGGUUUGGCAAAAAGAGAAAAUUGCUCUAUGCACACAAGAAAUGCAACGCAUCCAAUAUCGGCGGUAAAGGAUCUAUUAACAAAUUAAUUCAAACUUCAAAAUCUGUCGUCCGGGCUAGAGCCUCUAAAAGGCAGAAAACAUAUACUGCUCCAAUGGCUGCUAGCAUUAUCCCUAAAGCAGAUUUCUCGAACGAUAUCUCACAUUCACCUAGAACAGUUCAAGCAAUUGUUUUUGAUUCUUCCACAAAGAUAAGGCUAAUGAAAGAACAUCACUCAGAUGCCGAUUGGCUUAGGUUGGUAGUACGACAGCAUCACAAGCUUAAUGACAAACUAACCUUGUUAAAGACCGAUCAUCCAAAAUUCAGCACUGUCAUAUUGCAGGGGCUCUGUUCGUCGAAUGUGCAUCAUGUGCUCUGCCAUGAUGUUUCUUUUUUUUCAUUAUAUCGAGGCGUGUUUUGGUGUUUAAACUGGAAAUUAGGGUAA